AUGUACACACCUAUUAAAAUAGCUUUCGGGCUUGAAGCUAGUUCUAUGUUUUGCUUGUUACUAGAAAGACAUACCCCUCUUCACCAAUCAUACGAUUGGCUCACCUCAGGGGAUUACGGUGGCGUCCACCCAGAGUUCAUCCGGGCAGUCCAAGAACGAGACCACGCUGCUAUCGAAGAUCUUUGGGAUCAACGAACCCUCAAAUUAGCCAUUGUUAAGGCGAUAAAAAACCGCAAUUUUGAUGCCGCAAGGAAUAUUAUAUUCACAUAUCCUCGCGAGUUCCGGCUAAGCUCUCUGUUUCGAGCUGUAGCAGACCUCUAUGUUUUCGACUACGAUUUAAGCUUCUGUAUCAAUCUUAGUGAUUUCGUCAGCUCGCUUUUUGAGGAGAGCUUGAAAUUCAUUUUCGGACCCGGUACCCAGGCAUCGGACGGACAUGAUGCUGCUUCAAAAUCGAAUAUGCCGGAUGAUAAUUGGAUGCGAGGCUAUUCAGCACUAUUACAGCACGCUAUCUCUCGCGUGGGGGUGAAGGCUCUAGAGCUCUUCCUUAGCCACUACCCUGUAGUUGCAAAACUUAGCAACACAACUUUAUACAGCAACAGCCCUUACCGACUACAUGAACACAAAAUCUUUUUGGUUCACCAUGCAGCGGAAUACAGUCUGGACUGUUUGAAAUAUCUCAUAUCGCAGGGGGCUUGUAUCGAUGAAGCCGAAAUCCGGCAUGGUGCUAGCUAUUCUACAGCCUUUCAUAGCGCAAUCACAAAAGGGUGUGUCGAAACUGUGGCCUACAUCCUCAGCCAAGGAGCGAAUGUCUAUGCCCCUUGUGGGUCUGAAUCAUCUGCCAUCAAAUAUGCAAUAGCUAGACAACGCAUAGAUUCGUUGGCACUUAUUUUAGAAGCUGUGCCAAACUCUUAUCCCCUAGCUUUAGAGUUAGCAGAAAGGCGAGAAUAUAAAAACACAUAUAUCGCAGAAUAUGUUCGUACUUGGAAACCAGCGAAUCUCGGGACUGAUAUGGGAGGGGAAAUUGUUGAUUUCACCAGUGGGGGUCUAGUUUUGGGCGCAGCGAUUGGUUAUUAG